AUGGCUGCCCUCCUCUGUUCACUGAAAAUCAUUCUUCUCCACCUCUCAUCAACAAACAUUGGCGCGAAAAGCUACGUUUUGUCAACCCCAUAUACUCUAAAAAACGGGCAGACCUUAAUCUCCGACAACAACCGUUUUGAACUCGGAUUCUUCAACCUGUCCUCGGGCCGGGCCCGGGGCACAAAUCGGGCCUUGUGGUACCUCGGCAUUUGGUACCAGCAAAUUACACCGUUAACCGUGAUUUGGGUCGCCAACCGGGAAAACCCGUUACGUGGGAAUGACGUCAUGCUCACCAUGAACGCAAAAGGUGACCUUUCCCUUCGAGACAAACAGGGCACCCUUCUUCCCCUGUUCCAAUCUGUCCGGCCAGUCCAAAACCCUAAGCUAACACUCCUAAAUUCCGGCAAUCUUGUUCUCGAGGACUCCCGAUUAACCAGGUACGCCUGGCAAAGCUUCGAUUUUCCGUCCGACACAUUGCUGCCCGGAAUGAAGCUCGGCCGGGCCAGAGUGCUGACGUCAUGGAAGCAUGCGAAUGAUCCUUCUCCCGGAGAAUUCGUGCUCGGAAUGGGCCCACCGGGCCUUCCCCAGCUUCUGCUUGAAGAAAACGGGCUGACCAUGUCCAGGUGGGGCCCGUGGAACGGGAAGAGUUUCAGCGGGAGCUUUGUUCGGGAUAAUCCCGUUUUCCGGGUCGUUUACAGCCCGGACGGGCCGUCAUUCUCGUACGAGGUAGCGGACGGCCGGAUUCCGGUGAGGCUCGUCGUGGGCCCGUCCGGUUCGGUUCAGUUCUCAAAAUGGAAAGUUAGUUCCGGCUCGUGGGUCCCGUUAGUCCCGGUGAACAAAGAUGCUUGUGACGUGUACUCGUCGUGUGGGCCCUACGGGAUUUGCAAUCCCGACGAGCCGGGAUUUUGUCGGUGUCUCGACGGGUUUGUGGAGAGCUCGCCGAACGAGUGGCGGAGUCUCGACUUUUCGGACGGGUGUAGAAGGAAAAACGGGUUGAAUUGUAGCGGCGGCGGGAGUGGGAGUGACGGUUUCGUGAAGUACGUGGGAUUGAAGCUUCCGGACAAAUUUAGGGUUCGUGAAGGUUUGGGUUUGGGUUUGGAGGAGUGUGGAGAGUCUUGCCGCGAGGAUUGCGCGUGCAUGGCUUACGCGGGUGUCGAUUUGUAUGGAAACGGGACUCAGUGUGUGGUGUGGUUGGAUCGAUUGGUGGAUCUUAGGGAUGCGAAACGGGAUGGGGACGAGAUUUAUAUCCGCAUGGCGAGAGUCGAAUUAGAUGAUAUAAACAACCGGAAGAAGAAGAAUAAAGUUACUCUAAUUUCGAGCCUCCUUGUUGCAGCAUAUUUUGCAGCAGUAAUCUGCUGUGCCUUGAUCUCAUGUGCAUCCCCUUCCAAGAAGAAAAAGAAGUUAGGCAAAGUCCAAGAUAAGAGUUCUGUUCCAGAUCAAGAUAAGUGUGAGGAGCAGUAUAUUCAAUUAUUCAACAUGAGUGUUAUUUCUGCUGCCACAAAUGAUUUCUCGCUUGCAAAUAAAAUCGGGCAAGGAGGCUACGGGCUCGUUUAUCAGGGGAGCUUACCGGACGAGCAAAACAUAGCCAUAAAAAGACUGUCAGAAAGCUCGAAACAAGGACUCCGCGAAUUCAAGAACGAGAUGAAUCUGAUUGCGCAAUUACAACAUCGAAAUCUCGUUAAGCUUUUGGGCUGCUGUGUUGAAGGCGACGAACGAAUGCUCGUCUAUGAGUACAUGGCGAACAAGAGCCUCGACCAAUUCAUAUUCAGCUCAGCUAAGAAGGCCCUCUUGCUCUGGGAAAAGCGCUUUACCAUUCUUAAAGGCGUUGCGAAAGGAUUAGAAUAUCUUCACUUCGGCUCGAGAUUGAGAGUCAUUCACAGAGACUUGAAAGCAAGCAACAUUUUGCUUGACGACGAGUUGAACCCAAAAAUAGCCGACUUUGGUCUAGCUAGGAAUUCCGAGAACGAAAAGGAAGAAACUACGAGAAGAGUGAUCGGGACACACGGUUAUAUGUCGCCGGAAUAUGUCAUCAACGGCCACUACUCGAUAAAAUCAGAUGUGUUCAGCUUCGGUGUUCUUGCACUGGAAAUUAUAAGCGGCAAACGAAACUGGGGAUUUUGUCAUCCAGAUCAUGACUUUAAUCUUCUCGGACAUGCAUGGAAAUUAUGGAGUGAAGGGAAAAAUAUGGAAUUGAUUGACCCGGUUAUAGAGGACUCUUUACUUGAGUCACAAGUUAUUAGGUGCAUCCAAAUCGGGCUUUUGUGCGUGCAGCAUUGGCCGGAAGGUAGGCCGACAAUGAGUCAAGUGGUGUGCAUGUUAGAAAACGAGAAUGUGAUAUUGUCCGAGCCUCAAGAGCCUGGAUUCUUCGGCUGUAGAUCAUCAUCAACAGCUGAAUUCGCUCGAUCGAACCAAGUAACCGUUAAUGGGUUGACGGUCACUGAUCUAACCGGAAGAACCUAG